UUUGGUUUAUUAUUACAAAUACCACAUUACACAACAUGCAUUCCAAACGUCCCAUAUAUAAAUUGAUAAUUUGAAUUGAAUCGGAUUAUCUGUCAUCGACUAGAAGUCACAUGAAUCUCACUGCUUGUGAAUGUAGCUAACACACAUUGUAUUAGUAAAUCACUUAAAUAUGUGUUUUUUUAGUUUCAUACAUUGUCGAUUAUCUCAAUCUGUUCUAAGUCCAGUGAUUGAAAUAUCGUAUCGUAACGGCGGGUCAACCAGAAAAAUCUCUUACCGGAGACUAACCGGGCAGUCGGUAUUUAGUGGUAUGAAGCGAUUGAAGUACGGUUAAACGACAAUUUAGUAUAAAAUACCAUAUCACCGACUUUUCUGGUUCAACCUCCGGUAUGAUAUUUCAAUCCUUGGUUCUAACAUAAAUUAUAGUCAACAGAAUGUCAACCAAAAUAAAAUGUCAACUAAUAAACAAUUAAGACAACGGGAAAGUCGAGUAAGAGUAAGACAAAGGAAAGAUAGCCGGACAGGGAAAGGACCAAUGGUCCAUGGAGAACAAAAUGGAAGAAAAACAAUUAAGACAACGGGAAAGUCGAGUAAGAGUAAGACAAAGGAAAGAUAGCCGGACAGGGAAAGGACCAAUGGUCCAUGGAGAACAAAAUGGAAGAAAAACAUAAAAAGAAAGGAAAAUUAAAGCAGAGCUCGUCGAUCCAAAUAUCCAACCUCACAAAGCCAGAACGGCAGAACCCUACUCAAAGUUUAUACUCUAUACCCUACUCGAAACAAAGCAAGAAAACAGAGCAAACGGCAAAUGCAAGAAACAAAAAAAGCUGCAUAGGUCCAAGGCCGCAGCAGCAAACAGAGAUUGGAUUAUGAAGGCUCCAGACUGAAAGUGAUUCUAGCAAAAGCUUCAUCCUGCAGUUCAGACCAACGCUACUUCCCGAAGACGCAGAGCCAGACAGGAACAAGCCAGCAAUCAUCGGAGCAAACCAGCACACCUUUAGACCCCAUCAAACACCUCCAUUAUGAAAGCUCCAAGCUGAAAGUGAUUCUAGCAAAAGCUUCAUCUUGCCGUUCAGACCAACGCUUCUUCCUGAAGACGCAAAUCACAACAGGAACAGACCAGCAAUCAUAGGAGCAAACCAACACACCUUUAGACCCCAUCAAAAACCUCCAGCUUCACUUGACAAGAUCUCCGAAUCAAUCCAAAGGAAAUGCUGCAGAUUCUGGUGUUUACUACUCCAUAAUGCUGGAUUGGAUACCCAAAGUAGAGGAUUGGCUGCCUGGGUUGAGGUUGCUCAAAAAGCAACUAGGUCAACAAAGCAUGUCUAGGAGCGGGAAGGCAUACCACAUAGUCAGGUUCGUUCUUCUGAACAGGUGGCUUUGGAUGGCUAUUGGUAUCUUAUGAGAUAUUGUGGGUCUUUAUCUAUUUCAGACUCAGACUUCCAUACCUAAAUCCCAAAAACCUCUAGUUACCUGUAUGUUUUGGGCUGCAUUGCUUGUUUGUACGAUCCUUCCCACCCUCAACCUUUGCACGAGUUGCAUGGACAUUGUCCUUGACUUCCACUGGAUUUUCCUAGUUCCUGUUUUCAUUGCUCUAGCGAUAUUGGCUAUAUUAGUUGAUACGUUAACUUCUACUCGUUAGUGGUGGUUCAAAGCUAUCAAUCCAAACACCAUUUCGGAUUUGCUUUCACUUGGUUCUGGUAAGUUUUCAUUUUUUACCCGCUACUUUUGGUUUAAUGCUUUCCUUUCAAGCCUCGGUAGCUUUGCUGUUUUAGUUUGUUAGAUAGAGAUAGAGUCCGAGUUGUGUAUAUAUACUGUUUUACAGCUUUCUAAAUAAAACUGUAAGUUUACGUCAUUGAGUUUUAUCAUUGUGGUAUAAAAGCUCUUUGCAAGCUGUAACCAAACUUAGUUAAGUGUGCAUGGCUGUGUGAGUGUGAGUAAGAGUAAAUUUGCAGAACAGAGUUAGAUCUUUGGGUGGGAAGCACGAGUGUACUGGAACGGAUCUGCAAGAGGGGGAAACACAUCGGGUGAGUGUAAACAGAGAAUUGUGAGUGUGAGAAAUAAAAUGAGCGAGUCUAGUAGUUUUGCAAAAGUGUGCAUACUGAAAUUUGAUAGAGACUUUGAGCAGUGGAGUCUUAUCAUGGAGAACCUUCUUCGGUCAAAGGAGUAUUGGCAAGUGGUGAGUGAUGGAUUCAGGGAACAAGGACAAGGAGAGGAGUUGUCAGCAGUUGAAACAAAGAAGCUAAAUGAUUUGAUGGUAUAAUGUAAUGGUGAUGUCUGGUGGUAUGAUGGGAGAAGAUGGAGGUUCUUGGUAUCUUGAACAAGGUGGGAAAGAAGAGAGAGGGAUGGAAGCAAUAAAUAUGGAAUUACAGUAUGUUAAGAGUUUCAGUUUAUAUAGUGAACUGAUGAUGAAUGUUUAUGCAAAGCAGCCACAAAUCCUUGUGGUUGCAGGGGACGAAAAUAAGAACAUGCUAGCUUAGAAGAAGGAAGUUGUUAGUAGUUGGGUACUGACACGAAAGAAUAUGGAGCAAGACCAACCUCCUCAGUUGUCAAAAACUGAGGACAAUUGUCUUACCUGUCUAUAUGCAGAAGAAUUAACUCGUGGGGAAGUAUAUGCACCUCAAUUUAGUGCAAUGUUGUCUCAAAAUGAAGAAGCAGUUGCAGUGGAGACUAAUGUGCUUGGGAUUCAUGAUGUGAAUUCAUUGGCAUCCAAACCAGGAUAAAUGUGACCAGCAUAAAGUGGCAGCACAUUUAUCCUGUUUUAGGAGCUAAAGGGGUAGGUGUCAAGAAAAAUACUGAAGUGAAGCAACCACAAGAUUCUGGGGUUGCAGGGGAAGAAAAGAAGAGGUACAACAUGGUUUUCGGAGCUAGGUUGGGGAACGCUACAGAAUUCAAGCAGAUGGCUGGUAUCUUGCUUUAUAUUCUUAGCAUGUACUUGGAUAGAUCAACCAUUACUAAAUUGUAUGGUCAAAUCAGUGUUCAUGUGUUGGUGGUCAAGACAGCGUUCAAAAGUAUCCUGGGCUCUAGUAUUCAGUAUGAAGGAGGCCAAAAGGACAAUUAUUAUGCUUGGCUUACAGUUUGUUUGGUCAGUCUAAAAGUUGGUUUUGCAGUUGUUGUGUUGCUUGCAUCAAGAAUUCAAUAACUUACUUUGGAGCUGGUUUUGACGUGAUGAAGACUGGCUAUGGCUAUAUUAAAGUUGUGUUUGAGGAAUUUAAAGCAUGUUGUGAGUCUUUAAUAUCAGGGGUUGUAUCAUAUUUUCUCAAGAAACAACAAGCAAUCACAUUGAUUGCAGUUGAGGGUGAACUUGUGGGAGACUUUGACUGUACUACUCAGAGCUUUUGGCUUCAAAGAGUUCUAGACGAGUUGAAAUGGAAGGCUGGUGUGAGGGGAGAAAUAGAAAUUCACAACCAUGUUUUGAAUGGAGAAAGCGGAUGUAUGAAUGCAAAUCUUCGAUUUCUAAGGAGCUCGGAUAAGUAAAGAUUUGUGCAACUUGAGCUUCAUGGGGCUUAAAAUAAGGUGGUUGAUAUCUUGAAAAGGCUGUCAAGUUGGAUGCAUUUGAAGAGUUGGGAUGGAAGCCUAGAGUGAGUGAGCUGACUGCUGAAAUUUCUGAAAUUGCAGCUACUGUUGUUGUUGCAGAUUAAACUGAAGUUCGAAACACUUCAGUUUAGGGGAGGCAUUGUUGAAUAAGUAAUCACAUGAGUGAUCACGUGAGUUCUAGUGAGAGUUGGCCAUUUUGGGUUUUGAGUUGUGGUUAAUUAAUUCUGCCGUUUAAGCUAGUGGUGUCGCAGGAACGUGAGUGAGCUGGUAGUUGUGUGUGGACGAAUUUAGUGUUGAGAUAGAGUCCGAGUUGGGUAUAUAUACUGUUUUACAGCUUUCUAAAUACAACUGUCGUUUGCCUCAUUGACUUUUAUCAUGUUUUGUGAUGAAAAUUUGGCCAUAUGCUUACUUUGUCUUGAUUGCCUAUAUGUUUUCAAUGCGGUUACAGUUAGCCUUUGAAGAUUUUCCAAAAUCAAAGACCUACUUGCACAUUUGAAUUCAUUGAAAACGUGGGGGUAUACAGCUUUGGUGCUGCUAGCUCUUGGUUUAAUGAUGUGGUUCGAUAGUAUGAAGAAAGAGCAAGCCAAGGAGGAAUUAGAAGAGGAAGAAAGAGAAAGGGAAGCUAGGGCGGCUCAAGAACGGCAUGAUGUUGAGAACCAGAUUCUAACCGGUAAUGAAGCGCCAGGUGUACGUGGAGCGGUGCAUGGGUCAAGGACUGGUGAUUUUAUGAAAGAAGCAAGAGAUGCAGAAAAGAAGGAAUGGAGGAAAGUAAUGGAAACAACAUCAGUAACAUCUACUUCUACAGCCAACGAGUUCACAUAAAUAACAGAGUUUCCAGAAGAACAAAGACAGAAAGAAUGGGGAAACAAUACAGCCUACGCCGAGGACGACGAAGAAGAAGAAGUUGAAGUACAACUUAAGCGCCGUCCGAAAUAGUGAUGGCAAUUUCAACCCGCCCCGCUGGUAUUACCCGACCUGACCCGCGAUGGGGUGGGUAUUACCCGACCCGCAGUAGCGUGGGGCGGGGCACGGGUAUCGACUUCCGACCUGCCCUCCCCCCCGCCCCGUUCUAGACUCAUUUUAUCUCAAUUUCUUACAAUAUCUAUACAUAUUUCUUCUAUUUUGACUUUUCAUCAACUAGUUAGAGUCGAUCUUUCAACUUGUUAGACUCAUUAUCCAUUCUAUUAUCAAUAUUUUUCAUUUUUAAAGUGUUUUCCCCUACGUUUUAUUGUAAAAAGUAAAGUUUACUUGUAUUUUUUUUGAACAACAUGUAAGAGUGGGUCGACCUGCUCCGUCCCAUACCCGCGCGGGUUUUACCCGCCCUGACCCGUAGUAGGGUGGGGCGGGGCAUGAGAAUUGAGGUACUCGCCCCGCCCUGCCCCAUUGCCAUUACUAGUCCGAAAUGAUUACAUCUUGAGAAAGAAAGAACAGAUUUAUCGGAAGAAGAACAAAGGCAGAAGAAAGGGGGAGAGUCCUCGAAGGAAUCAAACAGCGAAAUCAGUAACAAGGGAAAACUAAUAUUGGUCAAUCAGCCACUUUCUAUCAAUCUGGACUUGAUAUACCGUCAGAUUCCUCAAGCCCCCUGGCUAUCAGAAUUAAGAAAACAAAGAGAG